AUGCUUCAUCAUAGUAUGUCCAUUUGUAAUUGGCCUUUGUCGCUGCUUCGGGAUCCUGAGAAGGCGGUUCGUAAAUUUAUAUGGUGUGGCGACAUUGUGAAUAAUAAGCUUGUUGCAGUGGCUUGGUCCAACACCUGCCAACCGAGUUCUGAAGGUGGGUUGGGUAUUCGAUCUUUAAGCAGGCUGAAUGCCGGUUUCAAUUUGAAACUUGCUUGGGACUUGCUUCACUCAACGAUCAGCUGGGCUAGUCUUUUUCGUAGUCGAGUCAUGUGUAAGAACAACUAUAUUAAACAUUAUGCGUUCUCUUCUAUUUGGUCCAGUGCAAAACAAGAAUUGGCUACUGUGUUGGAGAAUUCUUCUUGGUGUAUUGGCAAUGGCAAGUCUGUUAGUUAA